UGACAAAGCUGAGAGAGAGCUGCUGAUCACACACACACACACACACACACACACACACACACACGCUCAAACACUCCAUGUCUGGAUUAUAAAUAUGUAUUUUGUGAUUUCUGCCAUGAAAGCUCAGAUUGAAAUCAUUCCAUGUAAGAUCUGUGGAGAUAAAUCUUCAGGGAUCCACUAUGGCGUGAUCACCUGCGAGGGCUGCAAGGGCUUCUUCAGGCGCAGUCAGCAGAGCAACGCCGCCUACUCGUGUCCUCGCCAGAAGAACUGUCUGAUCGACCGAACGAGCCGCAACCGCUGCCAACACUGCCGUCUGCAGAAGUGUCUGACUGUGGGCAUGUCCCGAGACGCUGUAAAGUUUGGUCGCAUGUCGAAGAAGCAGCGGGACAGUUUGUACGCGGAGGUGCAGAAACACCGCCUGCUGCAGCAGCAGCAGCUGCUGCAGCAGCAGGGCUCCCUCCUGUCACACCCUGGCCUCGGCAGCCCGAGCCCGGGCUCCACGGGUCUCACGGAGCUGCCCGAUGAGGUGGGAGGCUACAUGGAACAGAACUCCCCAGCAGGAGGAUCGGUGUCGUCCAAGGCAGACUCUGGAGGAGGAGAACGAGGAGAAAGAGGAGAAGCUCGUGGGUUCUACCUAGACAUCCAGCCGUCCCCGGAUCAGUCCGGACUCGACAUAAACGGCAUCAAACCGGAGCCGCGGUGCGACUACGGGCCCAAUAAAGGCUUCUUCCCGUACUGCUCCUUCAGCGACGGAGACACAUGUCCCACAGUGUCCAUGGCUGAACUGGAUCAUCUGGUUCAGGUCACCUCAAAGUCUCACCUGGAGACGUGUCAGUACCUGAGGGAGGAGCUGCACCAGAUGAGCUGGCAGAAGUUCCUGCAGGACGAGGUGGAGAGCUACCAGAGCAAGCCUCCCGAGGUGAUGUGGCAGCUCUGUGCCGUAAAGAUCACAGAGGCCAUACAGUACGUGGUGGAGUUCGCCAAACGCAUCGACGGCUUCAUGGAUCUUUGUCAAAACGACCAGAUCGUGCUGCUGAAGGCUGGCUCACUGGAGGUCGUCUUGGUUCGAAUGUGUCGCCUGUUUGACUCGCAGAACAAUAGCGUUUACUUUGACGGGAAGUUUGCGGGUCCUGACGUCUUCAAAGCUUUAGGUUGUGAUGACUUGAUCUCGUCAGUGUUUGACUUCGCUAAAAGCAUGUGUUCCCUGCAUCUGUCGGAGGACGAGCUCGCUCUGUUCUCAGCGUUCAUUCUGCUGUCUGCAGACCGGUCGUGGCUGCAGGAGAAGCUGCAGGUGGAGAAGCUGCAGCAGAAGACAGAGCUGGCUCUGCAACACGUCCUGCAGAAGAACCAGAGAGAGGACGGAGCGCUGAACAAGCUCAGAUGUAAGGUGUCCGCGUUGCGUUCACUGUGCAGUCGUCAUGCAGAGAAUCUGUCAGCGUUCAGAGCCGUGUACCCCGACAUCGUGCGGACACACUUCCCUCCGCUCUACAAGGAGCUGUUCGGUGCCGACCUGGAGCUCAAUCUGCAGAGCGACGACUAAAACGCUGAGCGGGAAGGAGCUCCGAGCGGCUCCACGGAGCAGAGCGGUCAGACGCACCGAGCCCGGUGACCGCGGCCGGGGAGGACGCUGCACUUCUCAGAGACCAUCAGAACGGAGACCUUUGGACUCCUCGGUCUGUCUUCGCCUCCUCCUGCUCCUCUCGUGGUUCUGGGUUUGGAUGCGGUUCUGCCUGCACGUCUUGUGUCCCGGGUGUUGGAUCUGGAUUCCUCUGACAUUGACGGACACCUUCAGUGUUCUCACUGAAACCUGCUUCUGUUUGUCCUUCAUCACGUCACCUCUUCUUCUAAACGUUUCUUCACGUCUGAGCCGCAGAUAAAAGCGGCACAGAAAAUACAUUUAUAUCCUCCAGGAGCAGUUUGUGCUCCGAGCUCAGCAGGGUUUUAUAAAACUGGACGGUGCAACAAGCUAAUGUGAAGCUGGCUGCACUAUUCAUUUCAAUCAUGUCUUUAAAUCCUGUCACACACGUCUUUAGACACAUUUCUCCAAAUUCAAUCCGACAGAUUUGGUGUUUUUGGAAACUUGAGUUCUUUUCUAGAAUUGAAAAUUAAGUUUUUAUAGGUUUUAAUAAUGUUUGAGCAAAUGCACUGCAUCAAAGGUUGAGAAGAAACAGACUCAGCACUUACAUAUAACAUUUCUGAAAAGGUGCCAUGAACAAAAGUUAAUAAACGUGUGUUUACAGCAGCUGAUAGAAUAUUCAGAAACAAAAAGACGCACAUCGCUGUGCUGCGUUUAGCUCUGCUGCCAUUUGUAUCUUUAACUGUUUGGCUUUUUGAUGGAUUUAAGGCUUUUAAUAUAUAUAUAUAUAU